AAUCAAUGGUCCCACAGUAGUAGUCUUAUUUUCCGUAGAUUUUUCACGUGCCCGUCAAUUUAACAUCAAAUAUCAAUCAAAGUCAUCAAACAUAAUUUAUCAGCAAUUCAUUUAAAAAUAAAAUCUUUUGUAAUGGAUAUCCCCGAAUAUAUUAAAAAUGCGGAAAAUUGCUUGGUAGUUUGCCCGGAAGAAGAAUUCGAGAAAGUACAAGAAUCAGUUAAAAACUCCUCCUCUGUAGUGAUAAAAACCCAAAAGAAUCUUGGAGAUAUCAAUGAUGAGUCGAAGGAUCUCAUAUAUGUUUAUUAUCCAAGGAGAAACUUGACAAAUGAGUUGGCUUCACAAUUGAUAAACAUAAGCAAACCAGGAUCUAAAUUGGUUAUUCAGAGUGAGCCCAGCGAACUGGAAUUCCUGCUAAAAGUAAAUGGAUUCAUAAAUUUGAAUCAAGAAAAUGGUUCCAUUACAACAUGUGAAAAACCGACUUAUCAGCUUGGCUCUUCUGCAAAAAUUGAUUUGAAAAAAUCUCCAGCUAUUUGGAAAAUCGAUGACGAAGAUGAUAAUGAAGAAUUGAUUGAUUCAGAUGAACUUCUCGAUGAAAAUGAUUUGCAAAGACCUGACCCAACCACAUUAAAGGUUUGCGGAACUACUGGUAAGAGAAAAGCAUGCAAAAAUUGUUCAUGCGGUUUGGCUGAGGAAUUGGCAGCUGAAGUGAAGUCGGGAAAUGUAGUGGACUCCUCAGAUGCCCCUAAGUCGUCAUGUGGAAAUUGUUAUCUAGGAGACGCUUUCAGAUGUGCCUCAUGUCCAUAUUUAGGAAUGCCUGCGUUCAAACCGGGUGAAAAAAUACAACUUAAUGAUAACCAACUAAAAUCAGAUUUAUAAUGAAUUCAAGUGUAUUAUGAAGGUGCUUUUGAUAAAGAAUUUCAUUGAACAAUAUUUGCAAAAAUAUUAUAUCUCACAUGAAUUAUAUAGUUGAAACUGAAUAAAUUCUGAUAUAAAAAGA